CUCUGGGUACCAACUCUUUUGUGCGGCGCACAGCCGCGCAUUUAACCCAUGCGAGGAGGAGGAGAAGGACAAAAUUUCCUGGCAGCCUGGGUUGCAGACACCUCCGAUGCGCCCAGUCCUUCAUCCCGGUCUUUUUCUGUCCUGGAAAAAGAAUUCGGGUCUGUACAACUGACAAGUCCUGUGGAAAAGAGCAAACUGAUUCUGACCCAGGAGUUCGUAUGUACACAAGCACCAUCUAGGGACCUUUGGGUCCCACUCUGUUUGAAGUUUGGCAGAAUUUGCAAGCCUGAAACCUCACCUUGACAUACAUUCAUCUGGCUCAGCAAGGCAGCUCUACACCUUGCAUCAGAGAAUCACCCCAACUACACAAUGAGCCGUGUUCGGGAUGCUGGUUGCGUAGCGGCGGGGAUAGUGAUCGGAGCUGGUGCCUGGUAUUGUGUCUACAAAUACACCAGGGGAAGAGACCAGAAGAAGAGGAAACUGGCGAAGCCCAAGAACCGGGCUGUGGCCGGGACUGGAACCAGGGCUAGAGCGGGGCUCAGGGCUGGGUUCACAAUUGACCUUGGACCGAGAUUUAGUCCACCAACCACCAUCUGUGCCAGGACAGACAAGGCCCAGAAUGAAGCUUCUGCUUGUGAUACUGCUGGUGGUGAGGCAGUUGUCCGAGCUUCAUCUAGUACUGAUGCUCAGAGUGAGGCAGGAAGUCUGGCUCAGAAGAUAGAAGGGACAGAGAUUGGUCCUAAGACUGAAGCAGAAGUACGGGCUACAGUGACCUCUGCAAUGGCACAACCUCUAGGUAUGGCAGAAGCUCCCAAAGCUAUAGAGGGUUGCUCAAUGGCAGGGAUUCCCAAAGUGGCAGAAGCUCCCAGCACAGCAGAGCCUCUCAGGGCAAUGAUAACACCAGGGGUAGCAAUGUCUUCUAGAGCAGCAAUGCCUCCCAGGGCACUAGGGUUGCCUCAGGGGACAGCAUUGUUUACCAAGGCAACAGCAGCCACAGAGACAGUAGAGGUUCCUGGAAUAUCAGCACCCAUUGAGGUGGCAGAGGGUUCUGGAAUGACAAUACUUGGAGAGGCAAUAGGGGCUCCUGUGUCCACAGCACCUGCUGGGGCAGUAAUAACUGCCAGGGCUGCAGAGGUUCCUGGGACUUCAGGGUCUACUAGAACAACAGGAGCUUCCAAGAAGGCAACCCCUGGAGCUCACACUGGGGCUAUACCUAAGGCUGGGUCAGCCACUGGAGCUGUACCUAAAGGUGGGGCCAAAGGUGGAACCAGGUCCCGGACUGGAGGCAAGGGCAAGAGCAAGAAAAGUAGGGCUGAAGUAGAUGAAUUGGGGAUGGGCUUCCGCCCUGGUGAUGGAGCUGCAGCAGCUGCAGCAGCCUCUGCUAAUGGAGGACAUGCUUUCUUAGCAGAGAUCCCUGAUUCUGAGGAAGAAGAGUCUGGGUGGACUGACACAGAGUCAGAUUCAGACUCUGAACCUGAGACACAGUGCAGAGGGAGAGGGAAGAAAACAGUUCCCAUGCAAAAGCGCCCCUUCCCUUAUGAAAUCGAUGAGAUUCUGGGUGUGCGAGAUCUCAGGAAAGUCCUUGCUUUGCUUCAAAAAUCAGAUGAUCCUUUUAUCCAACAGGUGGCUUUGCUCACUCUGAGCAACAAUGCCAAUUAUUCAUGCAAUCAAGAGACAAUUCGUAAAUUGGGAGGCCUCCCAAUUAUUGCAAACAUGAUCAACAAAACUGAUCCUCAUAUUAAGGAAAAAGCCUUGAUGGCCAUGAAUAAUCUCAGUGAAAAUUAUGAAAACCAGGGCCGGCUUCAGGUAUACAUGAAUAAAGUGAUGGAUGAUAUCAUGGCCUCUAACCUGAACUCUGCAGUACAGGUAGUUGGACUAAAAUUUUUAACAAACAUGACAAUCACUAAUGACUACCAACACCUGCUUGUCAAUUCCAUUGCAAACUUUUUCCGUUUGUUAUCUCAGGGAGGUGGAAAAAUCAAGGUUGAGAUUUUGAAAAUACUUUCCAACUUUGCUGAAAAUCCAGCUAUGCUAAAGAAACUUCUCAGUACCCAAGUGCCAUCAUCAUUUAGUUCCUUGUAUAACUCUUAUGUAGAAUCAGAAAUUCUUAUUAAUGCACUUACACUGUUUGAGAUUAUUUAUGACAAUCUCAGAGCAGAAGUAUUCAACUACAGAGAAUUCAACAAAGGUUCCCUUUUUUACUUAUGCACUACAUCUGGAGUGUGUGUUAAGAAAAUUCGAGCUUUGGCAAAUCAUCAUGAUCUCUUGGUGAAAGUGAAAGUUAUAAAAUUAGUGAACAAAUUCUGAUUGCUGUAUGCUUUCAAAAGCUUAAAUUUCUUAGUUUCAUGGCCUAGAAGUACUGCAAAUUUAAUGCUACUGCAUUUUUAUUUGCUUAUUUGAUAAAGGGAUCCUUUCAGCUGCCAGUUUUAAAAAAUGUAUCUGCCAAAGUGAUGUUAUCUGUGACAGUCACCAGCUUUAAGUUAAAUCAUAUUAUGAAUACCAAAUAGUCCUCUUGUAAUGAAAACAUAUUGUGAGUAUAAUCAUGCUGCUUGGGCGGAAUAUUUUUACUGGUUCCUCUGUGAGUUGACAGCAUACCUGUCCAUUAUAAAUGGCCUACUCUGCUAUUACUUGUUUUGACUUGAAUUUAUCCACCAAAGGCUUCAUUCAU